UGCGCCUGCCUCCGGCUCAGCCGAGCGGAGCGGCGGGAUCAUAGAGCGCGGCGUCUGGCGGUGCAGAGCGCCCAGUGGGCGGAGCCGCUCCGCUCCAGCCCCCCCCCAGUAAACAGUCGCUAACAUGGCGGCUGGGAGGCCUCGCUCCGCCUCGGAGCACGACUGUGAUGAUGAUUCGUAUGAAGUAUUGGAUUUAACAGAAUAUGCAAGGCGUCACCAUUGGUGGAAUCGUGUGUUUGGCCGAAAUUCUGGACCAAUUGUAGAAAAGUAUUCUGUAGCCACUCAGAUUGUAAUGGGUGGAGUGACUGGCUGGUGUGCAGGAUUUUUGUUCCAGAAAGUUGGAAAACUUGCAGCAACUGCAGUAGGUGGUGGAUUUCUUCUACUUCAGAUUGCCAGUCAUAGUGGAUAUGUGCAAGUUGACUGGAAGAGAGUUGAAAAAGAUGUAAACAAAGCAAAAAGACAGAUAAAAAAACGUGCGAACAGGGCAGCACCCGAAAUCAGCACCCUCAUUGAAGAGUCAACAGAAUUUAUCAAACAGAAUAUAGUAGUAUCCAGUGGAUUUGUUGGAGGCUUUUUGUUAGGACUUGCAUCUUAAGGACCUGAAUUUUGUCUUCCUGAUGGCAUCAACCACAACAAAGAACCAGUAGUAGUGAUUAGUGCACUGUCUUAAAGCAAAGCAGUGUGGGUCACUGAUCGCUCCAGAGCAAGGAGAAUGGACUAGCCAGACAAAUUGGAAGCUUUUAUGUUUUAGGCUUUUGCCUUCUGACGCUUGGCAUAAGAUUUGCUGAAAAACUGCAGUGUGCUCAUAAUAGCAUUUCUGGACAAAACUGGUUAAUUUUCAUCAUGACUUUUUUAUUCUGUGACCAUUCAGAAAAUAGCAUUUUUAAAAUGUAAUUUGUGGGAUAUAGCUAUGUUACAGCAAUGUAAGAAGGAAAUCUCUAUUUUCAAUCUGAAUGUUUUCCAGUUAAAUGUUGCUUUAUCUUUAUUUAAAAGGUAUUGUCCUUCAUGCUGUAGUAAAUAGUGCCAGUGACUAAUAAUGUAUACAAUGUGUAGCUUCAGCCGCAGGGCUGACAAUCUUCCUUAGAAAUCACUGCAAUAAUCUAUAAAUCUGUAAUAACUUUUUACAGAAGUAUUAAGUAACAAAGAAUCAUGAGCAUAUUAAAGGUGAAAAUCAAACCUUGA